CAUUCCUGCUAUGAGACAUAUUUUGUGCGCGCGCCGUGGAAGCCUAUAACUUCGCACUCGGUGAACCACCGCCUCUCGCUCCGUGUUGUGAAAGAGAGAGAGAGAGAGGGCGCCGCUACAUCUAUCCCGACCAGAUCUCCGAGCUCAAGUCGCCGCUUCCACCCCUCUCCCUUUACCGCAUCACUACCAACCACGCACCUCUCACACCCACCACCCACCACCCCGGACACGAUUGUCCACCGCCAUGGGCUCAACCACCAUAUUGAAUCGCCCGCAGGCUGCUUCCGCAUUGUCAGCUUCACCAAAAGUUGUCAAAAACAACAAAUCUCUCGCUAGCAGUUCGGCCGCUCCUUUAACCUAUGGUUGUAACCAUAUCGAAAAGCCUCUACAGGGCCCUACGGAGGGUAAUAAGAUGAGGGUCCUUUACGGUAGCGCCACUCGUGUGGCUUUGGAUUCAAGCCGGGCACAUGCGCAAACUUGUGAGAAGUGCAAGUUUCUCAUAACGAGAACCUUCCUUUGCAUGCAAUGUCCGAGUAUAUACUGUCCCAAGGACGCAGAAGCUCACUAUAAGGAAAAGAAUCACCGUUUUGGUAUUGACUCGAGAAGCGGCCAUGUUUACUGCUUCCCUUGCCAGGACUUCAUAUAUGAUCCAGCAUUGGAGAAAAUUAGGGUGGAAAAGGAGGUAGCUAUGGAGGGGGGUGCUCGGAAAAGGAGGCGAUUGGAUGAUAUCAAACCCUCACCCGAAGAUCUUAAGUACAUCGAGUCGAAUACAACACUUGCGCCCUGCAGAGCUACGGGACUCAGGGGGUUUCUCAACAUGGGAUCUACCUGCUUCAUGAGUGUGGUAUUGCAGAGCCUGAUACAUAAUCCGCUGGUCCGGAAUUUCUACUUAGCAGAUGGUCAUAAACCUAAGGAGUGUGCCCAAGCCAACUGCAUGAGUUGCGCCAUGGAGGAAGUAUUUUCAGAGUUUUUCGCCACAGAUAAAACAGAUGGGUUUGGACCAGUCAACCUCCUCACAACUUCAUGGAAGUGCGAGCAGACAUUAGCUGGGUAUCAACAGCAGGAUGCUCAUGAAUACCUCCAGUUUCUCCUGAAUCAGCUACACGCAACCAAUGGUGGGAACACUGAUACCAAGACGGAACAGUGCAAAUGCAUUAUCCAUCGCGCCUUCUACGGUAACCUCCAGAGCGAUGUGACGUGCGAGGGGUGUCAGAAUGUCACAACAGCCGUCGACCCGGUUAUGGACCUAAGCUUGGACCUGAGAAAAAAGGAUAAGAGGAAGCUAGCCACCCCGAAGACUGAGGGGGAUGGAGCCAUGCAGACUCUACAGGAAUGCCUUGAACGGUUUACAAGCACAGAAAAGCUGGGGAUGAAUGAGUAUAACUGCGAAAAUUGCUCUGGUCAUCAAGAAGUGGCUACAAAGCAGUUAACGGUCAAAAGAUUACCACCGGUACUGUGCAUUCAACUCAAGCGUUUUGAACAUGGCUCUACAAAAUCAUCAAAAAUUGACACCAAAAUACGAUUCCCCAUGCAGCUGGACAUGGCCCCCUAUACGACACGCGCAAAGCGAAAAGCAAAAGACGGUUCUACAGAUUGUGGUCCUAAAUCUAGCCUUAAAGGCCAUGGGCCUUACCUAUACGACCUUCUCAGUGUCGUUGUCCAUACAGGCCAGAUAAACUCUGGUCAUUAUAUAAAUUUUUCACGUGAAAAUGGACAGUGGUUUCGGUUCGAUGAUAGUGUGGUCACACUUGCUACUGAGAAGGAUGUUCUCUCAGCGAAGGCAUAUCUGCUUUUUUACAUAAUCCGGAGCUUGACCUAAGGUAUUGUCGGCAUCGAACGGGGAUAUGGGAAGGAGAGGAGUGAAUGGCAUUGUUAUUUGGACGGGGUUUGUCAACAACACAAACUUGCCGUGGUUGGGAUGAUGAAUUUUCUCAAAGUGGAUUACAUUUUUAAUAUUGUUUCAGGGUGUUUAAAUUAGGCUGUUUGUAUAUUCUAAGGCUGUCGGGCUAUGGCGUCGGGGUUAUUGUAUGUUUCUAUUUUAUCUUGUGCUGUUGCUUUUGAGUCACAGCGCGGUAAGUUGGUUGCUUGUUUUAUCGUGAAGGGUUUAAGUGUGCAUACUCUGGCUGCGGGAUACUCUCCAAGUUUGCUGGAUACCAAGAGGGGGUGCUAUUGUGUUACAAUCGUUUAGACCGGGAAAUUUUACUAAAUGUUCCCCAUCCA